AUGAAUGUCAGUUCCGCUGCUCAGACCAUUUCUGAGCUAGAUGAUUGCAUACAAAGAGCUACAAAUGAAAGUAUUCCAAAUGGUGAAAUUGAUCUCUCUCUGGCCCUGGAGGUUUCUGAUGUUAUUAGAUCACGAAGAUUGGCUCCUAAAGAUUGUAUGAGGUCUUUGAAGAAGCGCAUCAUGCAAACUCGUUCAAAUGCCAACACUCAGCUUGCGUCUUGGAAGCUUGUUGAGGUUUGCAUUAAAAAUGGAGGUACACCAUUUUUGAAAGAGGUGUGCUCAAGGGAGUUUAUGGACUGUUUAGAAAGGACUGUAUUAUCCGAAGAGAUCAAGGAUAAUAGUGAUUUGCUCCAACUAUGUACGCGGAUGGUUUUUGAACUCUACACAGCGUUUAAAAAUGACUCGCAGUUAAACUAUGUUGUGAACGUUUAUGAAAGAUUGCAAAACCAGGGAGUUGAGUUCCCUACGGACUCGGUGAACUAUUUAAAUAUUUCUCAAGCGAUGUUUGAUUCCAAAACGCCGGCGGAGUGGGUUGAUUCGGAUGCUUGUAUGAUUUGCUCUAAUUCGUUCAGCAUUUUGAAUCGGAAGCACCACUGCCGUUCUUGUGGGGGCAUAUUUUGCCAGGAACAUUCCUCGCACAAGUUACCUUUGCCAGAACUAGGAAUUCCAGAGUCUGUUAGAGUAUGUGACUCCUGUUACGAUGGCCAUGAAACGAGAAGGCAUUAUUCCAAGAAGUCCCGGAAACGCAAACAGAAAAAGAAUGCACACCACGAUAAUGAAGACCAUGAAGACAAUGAAUUAAGGAAAGCAAUUGAACUUUCUUUGCGAGAAUCCCGUAAUUCUGACACUGUGAUACCUAAUGUCAAGAGCACGAAGGAAGCCACCAUAAAGGAGGAGGAGGAGGAAGACGCUGAUUUGAAGGCAGCUAUUGAGGCAAGUUUGAAGGAGCACGAGCUUGAAAAGCAGAGGAGGGCAUCACAAGUAGACGAAGUCUCUCACGCUGGUCUCCCUGCUGCCCAAUAUCCCACUAAUCAACUAAACCCAUCUGAAGAAGACGAUAUAUUACUUUUUGCAACUCUUGUUGAUAAGAUGAAAGGCCAGCCUGCAUCCGCUGUCUUGGAAAACAUACAGCUACAGCAACUGUACCAAAAGGUUCUUGGUACAAGGCCACGUUUGAACCAGGCUUUGAAUGACACAUACACUAAGUAUAACAGCUUACUGGAUAUGAACGCCAAAAUAUCUGAAAUAACUACGAGCUACGAUGCCAUUUUGGAAAGACAGUUAAGGAAUAUCAAUUUUUCACAGCAGUACGCCAUUCCGCAGGUCCCACACGAUCCUUAUUCUUACCAAACCACUAACAAUAGGAUGGAGAGUACUACUCUGGAAUGGGCCCCAAUUAGGCAGGAAUCACCUACAAGACAUGUGAGGGUUCCAUCGUUUGUACAAGAGAAUCGGGGAUCCUCUUUACACGUGAACGGUUUGGAUGAAAUUCUAAUAGGCCCAAAAACUGUCAUACAACCGCCAACUCCUCUCAUAUCGGAAAAGCCUUCCGACGACCCAUACCGUCUCCAAGCAAGAAAUUUACCCGCCGCAGAACCGUCAGAGCCUUCAUACGUACAAAGUACGUCAAAACAUCAUAAUGAAACAAAAAAUAAUGCUAAUAUUACUGGUUUCGAUUUUCCAACCGUUCCACAGCAGAAAAUCCAGGUCGCUAACGAUUGGCAAUCUAAUGCAAGAGAUUCAGAUAUAGCAGAGAAAGAAGAGGAACAACUUCUCAUUGAAUUGUAG